UCACAAUACACUCAAGCAUCAGUGUUCAAACACUUCCUUCUCAUUCUCUUCUGCAUAAAAAGCAAUGGGUUUUCGUUUUCCUCGAAUGAUCAAGAGAACUUCAAUUGCUUCCAAACCUUCUUCAAAAUUUGGUGAAGUACCAAAGGGACAUCUUGCGGUAUAUGUUGGAGAGAAGAUGAAGAGGUUCAUAAUUCCUAUAUCAUACUUGAGCCAACCUUCAUUUCAAGAAUUGUUAUGUCAAGCUGAGGAAGAAUUUGGGUAUGACCAUCCAAUGGGAGCUCUUACUAUUCCUUGUACAGAAGACAUCUUCCUACAUGUCACUUCUUCUGUCAAUGGAUUCUAAUUAACUUGCAAAGACAAGGCUAACUUAGAUUAGCUAACAUAGUUUUGUGAUAGGAUGCACUCUUGUAAAGGAUAUGCAAUUGAUCAAAUAUUUUGAAUUUGUAAGGAGCUGCUUAUUCUUUUUCUUUCCCUACUUGAGAUAUGGGAAAUUGUUCUUUUGAAUGAUCAGCAGUUUGAGUAGACAUUUUCACUCAUAA